UAAUAAGCAAAAUACACAUUCGGAUAAAAAUGUACCCAAUAAGGAGAACAACGCUCAUAGUGCACAAACAGCCUCAUCACCAAUCCUGUAUCCUUCUACCUCUUCAACGUAUAAAUUUAAAUUAAUUUAUAGAGGUAGCCGUGAUGGCUUUGAUUCUUCAAUAUAUAAUUCAAAAUGUAGAGGAAAGGGUCCAACAGUAGUUGUGGCGUCGUUAAGUCAUCAUCGAUUCAUCAUUGGUGGAUACUAUCCAAUCAGUACCGAAGGCACUUAUCCUUGUUCUGUAUUUACAGGAGCAGUUGAUAGUUUUAUAUUUUCUUUUGGUGAAGGGGAUAACUUGGAAGAGGAAUCUACAAUUAGUCGUAUUUUAAAAGAGCAUGCACAUGAGGCAAUUCGUCAAACGGUAUAUGGGCCAGGGUUUGGUGAGAGUGAUCUUAUUAUUAAGCUUGCUGGAACCAACAAUGCAAAGAAUGGUGUUUGCAAGCAAAAAUGUUAUGAAAGAAAAAUUAUAGAUGUUAUAGAUUUUGCUUUUGACGAGUGUGAAGUUUUUCAAGUUAUUAAAGAGGAAUUUAAAAAUAAUAUGUAA